AUGGCGCCGCCUCCUCCGCUCUUCCACAGCCUGCUGCGGCCGUGCGUGCUGCAAAUCCUCCGGGCGCAGGGCUACUACGCAGCGCGAACGUCAGUCGUCGACAGCCUGACAGACAUGGCAGCGCGGUACCUCACGGCGCUGUGCGAGGCCACGGCGCGAAACGCGGCGCACAACAGCACAGAGCUCACGGGGCUGGUGCCGACGAUCGUAGACGUGCGCAUGGCGCUGGAGGACUGUGGCGCUCUGGCACCGCCGUCCGCCUUUGAGGGUCCGGACUGGCCGGGAGACGACACGCGCAGUGCAGACGAGUUCAUCGACUGGGUGUGUGGGCCGCGGAACCGGGAGAUCAAGCGGGUGGCUCUGGACGGUGACGAUGAAAACACGGAUUAUUUGAGUGUCCUGAAGAAGAAGCACAGUAAGACGGGCGAAGACUCCAAGUACAGCGGCACGGUCCUGGGGCGCGGUAACGAGCACGGCGACGUGGUGGUUGAGGGCGGCGAGUUCCCCAGCAUACUGUCGUGGCAGGAGAAGCGUAUACAAGAGCGACAGCGGCCACCUGCAACGCCGGCGCCAGGCGAGGAAGGAGCAGAGGGAGAGGGCGGCCAAGGAAGAAGUCCGAGCUCAGGACUCAGUUCGGUUGGCGACCGGUCAAUGGAGGAUAUGGAGCUCGAGUUCUCUGUGCCACCAUCGUGA